AUGUCGUGUCAACGCUGGGAUGAGAACUCUACCACCACUGGCAAGCCCCAUGCCGCUGAACCUACCACUGCUGCUCCCAAGCCUACCAAUGCUGAUCCCAAGCCCUCGCAGCCCGUUGGUCCCAUUACCAACGGAACUGCUCCUGGUGUGAACAACACCUUCCCUUCUUGCCCCAAACCUCCGACGAAGACCACCACCAUCUGCCCUGAAGAUCAGAAGCCUACCACGGUUCCUGGUGUUGUCCCUGGAAACCCCAGCAAGCCUGACACCAGCGCUCCUGCUAUCGUUCCUAUCGGUGGUGCUGCUUCUACCUGCAUGUCCGGUGUUGCCCUCCUAGUUGCUGGUGUUGCUGCUCUUCUGCAAGUGGCAAGUUUGCAAGCAUGGGCUGUGCAGUUGGAGGGUUGGUCCAAGGAAGAAUGGAUUUCAUGUACUGAAAAGUAA